GCGGCUUGAAACGAGACUCGCGGCUCCAACUCUCGCGAUGUUUUCUCAGUGGUCUCGGAGCAGUAUGGCAGCCGUCGCGCUGAGGUCUUGCCGCAGAGGACUUUCACAGAUUUUAAGCAAUGGGGGGCUCGCAGCUCUGUCUUCAAAGCGUCUGGAAGAACCCAGGAGGCACAAAUCUUCGGUUCAGUAUGCUUCACGACCAGAUCUCCCAAAGCUGGCCUACAGAAGAGUGAAGGGAAAGAGCCCAGGUGUGGUUUUCCUCCCAGGUUAUGGCUCCAACAUGAAUGGACAGAAAGCUGAGGCGCUGGAAGAGUUCUGUAGGUCACUGGGACACUCAUGCCUCAGGUUUGAUUACACAGGACAUGGAGCCUCAGAAGGUGUGCUAUCAGAAGGAACUAUUGGUACCUGGAAAAAAGAUGUCCUUUUUGUGUUGGAUGAGUUAGCAGAGGGGCCACAGAUACUGGUUGGUUCCAGUAUAGGUGGUUGGCUCAUGCUGCUGGCAGCCAUUGCCAGACCAGAGAAGACAGCUGCGCUAGUGGGCAUCUCCACUGCCGCUGAUCAUCUUGUCACAGCGUUCAACUCUCUUCCGCUUGAGACACGCAAGGAGUUUGAGGCCAAGGGGGAGUGGACUAUACCCACCAAACACACGGAGGAGGGUGUUUACAAGUUUAGCAUGGACUUUUUGCGUGAGGCAGAAAAUCACUGUGUUCUCCAGAGUCCCAUCCCCAUCACCUGCCCCGUGCGGCUCAUUCAUGGGCUCAAAGACGAGGACGUCCCCUGGCACAUCUCCAUGCAGGUUGCAGAGCGCGUCCUCAGCUCCGACGUGGACGUCAUCCUCCGACGACACGGCCAGCACCGCAUGUCUGACAAGGACGACAUCAAGCUUAUGGUCUACACCAUUGACGAUCUCAUCGACAAGCUGACCACUAUGGUCUGAGUAAGGAAUAGGGAAGUGAGCCGGAGAUGUUCCUAAGAUUAAAAGAUAAUGACUUUGUUAACUGGGAAGUCACCCCUCAAGGAUCUUACCAAACAAAGGCAUGUUGCGCCGCCAAAUAUGACCUUUUAUCCAUCUAUGUUUUUCACCCCGUACUUCAUCAUGUCAACAUGUCGGAAAAUUGAAAACUAUAUUGUAAGGGAGCCCUCCUGCUAGAUGUUCCCUUGUAUCUUCAGGUUGCAUUUGUAUGUGCUCCAGGUUAUUGUAUCAAGUGUUACGUUUGGUAAGCCGUUCUUAGGUCUGCCAUUGCUGCUGUCUCUGCCGUUGUUCUUACUGUUUGGCUGUCUCUUCCCCUCCUCCAUCUUUACUUAGAAACACAGUUUUCCUGUGCCUUUUUAAUCACUUUUCACCCGUUUUGGCUAAUAAAACCUUUGCACACUAGA